AUGGUCGGCACGAAACGGAAACACAUCGACGAUGACGAGGAGGAGCAUCUGACACCCAAAAGACUCCAAGCGCAGCCGCUGCAGGAGGACGAAUCCGCAGACGAUGUCCCUGAGAUUCACACCCCGUCCCGGCGAGGAAGAAAUGGCCCCGUAGCCGGGAACGGUACGCCGCGCUCGAUUCUCAAGAAGACGAACCUUUUCAAUGGAAUCAAUGGUACCACGACCCCGAAGUCGAAUCGCAAGCUCGUCUUUGACACCCCCACGAAAUCGCCCGACGAGAAUAUUUCCAAUGGCACACCUACGAUCGUCCGCAAUGCGGAUCGGAGCGCGCGGCGGAAGAGCAACAGGAGACUCUUUGAGCGGACAUUGAAUGGAGUGGACAGCGAUGAUGAGGUUCUGGAGGAAGAUGAGGCACUGGCAGAACAGAUACUGAGUGACGAUGAAGAGUUUGAGGAGCGAACACCACACAAAGAAAAGGCUCCCGAGGCUCAAAUACCUGUCCCAGAGACACCAUCGAAGCGUGGAAGAGGCCGACCGAGGAAAGCUGUCGCCAAACCUAGCACCACCGGCAGACCGCGAGGAAGGCCACGGAAAAUACGAGAACCCACUCCCCCUGAAGUCACAACGCUCCCUGCGCACGAGGAAUACUUUUGGCAGAAUCGGCCGGGUGGCAAUCAGACGUCCACCAACACGCUAUCUAGCCACAGCUUGCUCAAUCAUGACGAAUAUUUCCAAGCCAUACAAUCAGUUGCUGAGAACCACAAAUCUGAAAGAGACUUUCUACUGGAACUGCACCGGCGCGCCUUCGACCAAUGGAUCUUCGAGUUGGGCGAAGGAUUCAACAUCUGCCUCUAUGGAUACGGGUCGAAACGGUCGUUGACGGAAAGCUUCACGGCGCAUCUGUACGAGCACCUAGCCGGAAAGGCGCCGUACAAAGGAACACGAAAGAGACCAGCGAUCACCGUCAUUAACGGUUACUCCCCAGGAAUCACCAUAAAAGAUAUUCUGAGUAUCGUUGCUUCAACUGCCAUCCCGUCAUCCACCAAAAUGCCAAAUCAGCCGACAUCGCUAUUACAAUUCAUUCUGGAACAUCUCACUGCGCAUCCUCCCUCACACCCGAUUCCCAUCAUACUAAACUCGAUCGACUCCAUACACCUUCGCAAAUCCCCUACACCGAUGAUGUUGGCGUCGCUUGUGUCACAUCCAUCGAUCAACCUCGUAUGCACGGCAGAUACUCCAAACUUUCCCUUACUGUGGGACGUAGGCUUGAGUGCGCAGUACAACUUUCUCUUCCACGAUGCGACCACAUUCGCGCCAUACGAAUCCGAGAUUGACGUAGUAGAGAGUGUCAACGAGUUACUUGGACGAAGUGGGCGCAGGAUAGGCGGCAGAGAUGGCAUUGGUUUCGUGCUUCGUUCCUUGCCCGAGAAUGCACGCUCUUUGUUCAGAAUACUUGUCACCGAGCAACUGGGCUUGAUGUUUAUGGACGGCGACGCUGAUGAGGAUCAAGACGAUGUUACCGCUACGCCUCGCAGUAAAUCAAAUCCGGCACGGAAUUCCUCAGAAUCAUCACAGGGUGUCGAGUACCGCGUGUUGUAUCACAAAGCCGUGGAAGACUUCGUUUGCUCGAGCGAGGUUGGGUUCAGGACUCUACUUAAGGAAUUCCAUGACCAUCAAAUGGUCGAGAGCAGGAAAGAUGCUAUGGGCACGGAGAGGCUUUGGGUGCCAUUUAGGCAGGAGGAACUGGAAGCCUUAGCGGAAGAGUUGUCUGGUGACGCAUUUUGA